CAGUACAGGUCCACCACAUGGCAGACAUCAGACUUCUGCUAGACUAAUGACUAUAACUCCACACCAACUUGUCACUGUCACUGGAGAGACAAACAGCAGGAUAAUUACCGCACCCGAGAGGGGAAUUCUCUGGAUUGUCUUAACGAAGGAACUUGCCAGAAAUUCAUAAGUUUCAGGCUUAACAUGGAUGAAAACCACUGUGAUGAGAAAGGUGAGAGGACUCCGCGUGACGUUGUCAGCGAGGUUAUUCCACGGGCCGUCGUCUGCUGUCCUCUCUGUGGGGAGGAGUUUAGACAGCCCAAAAUCCUGCCCUGUCUCCAUAGUUACUGUCAGCAGUGUCUUCAAGGGUAUCUUGCUCAUGCUACCAACACGGAAUCCAGGGACAACAUCCGCUGCCCAGAGUGCAACACAGAUGUUUUCGCAGACAGUUACGAUAUAUCAAAUUUGUCAGAUAAUUUUUUUGUCAGACGACUUUUGGAUCCAAUCAAAACUCAGCAGAAAAACGACAAGCAGUGCAGGCAAUGCUCUGGGACUCUAUCUGGUACCAAUGACUCAAAGUCUGCCGGGUUUUACUGCGUAAACUGUGAGGAACAUCUCUGCGCAUCUUGCACUCAAUCACACCAAGAAGAAAAUGAGACAAGUAGCCACAAGGUAGAGCCAAUGGAACCAAUUAAGGGAGACAACCCAAGACAAACAUUACCACCAACGAAUGGCACUUCUUCUCUUCCACAAUGUUGCAAGUAUUACGACCCCUUGGAUGUCGGAUCCCUGUUUUGUGUGAACUGUGAUAUUCUGACGUGUUCCGAAUGCUGCGUUAAGAGUCACAGUAGUCACAGGUGCGCAGAGCUGAAUGCAGUCGCCAUGAACUUUGAAAACAGAGUGGACGAACCCCUGCUGGACCUGGAGGACAGUGCUCAUCAGCUGUCCGAGAACUUGACCACCAUGACCCAAGCCAGAGAUGACCUCCUGGCAAAGCAGAAGAAACUGUGGGACUGCGUUGUCAGGCGCAAAGAGUUCUUGGUGGAAAUGAUUGAGAGCUAUGCUCAGACAGUAAUCGCAGAAGUGGAUCGGCAAGUCGAGCAGAAGUUAGCCAAGGUUGAGCAGGAGAGGGUAAACACUAAGUACCACAUCUCCUCCAUAAAUGCUGUGUUAAAUUUCACAGACAAUCUCUUGGCCUAUGGCACAGACGAAGAAAAAGUGUCCCAGCGGAAAAAAAUCGGUGGAAGAAUACGAGAGUUAAGUGAAAUGGAAAUUAAAGAUGAAGUCCUUUUGCCCACAGACUUAGACUUCACACAACCAGAAGUUACUGUGGAAACCAUUUGUGAGAUGUUCGGAGAACUGAUAGGAGCUGCAUCUUCCAGCACACUGCGUCAAGAACAACGAAACCAUCCAUGCACCAGCAAUCAAACCAGCAUAGACUCUGGUCAUUUCAGCGAAGUGAACGGGGAGAUGACAGACUUAGGUGCCAGCCUUGAUGGUAGACGAUCAUCUCUCAGCAGCUUGCCGGAGAAACCUGACAGAGUUCGCAGAAAAUCUGUCCAGUUUGACAAUCAUGUAACUCAGGCAAGGUAUGAGACAGACCACAUUUUCCACUUGGAUGAUUUCAUCAGAAAAUUCCCAAUCCCGUCCGGAAUUGAGCGAGACUGUAUUAAGGGUAUGGGCAUCAACAACAAUGGCGACAUCAUUAUUGGUGCCGUUCACACGCAAGGUCAGUGUAUCUACAUUGUGGAAAAGCGUGGAAUAAUUCGAGGCAAGGUACCAGUGGAGGGCUGGCAGAUUCACUCUGUGGCCAGCGACGGUAAGGUUUCCAUGAUUGUAACUCGGGGCAACAAUCGCUACAAAGUGCGCGUUCUCUCUGAGGAUUGCAACAGGCCACUUGUGGACGAGUGUCACAUCCAAUGCUAUGGCUUCAAUUUUGUCACAGCAAACUCGCUCAGCCAAGUCAUAAUUGCUGCAAACAGGUAUGGCAAAGUUUGCGGAACAAUGGGCAAGGCUGCCAAAUCUGGAGGAAACAUUGCCAUCUAUGAUAAAAGGGGUCAUCUGCUUCACAGAUUUACAAACGAGAACUACCAGGAUUUCAAUCUGUAUGUUCUGGAGAGGCCUUGUUGUGUGGCCGUGGACAAGGCUGGAAACAUUUACGUCGCCGACGCCGGCAGCCACCUGGUGGCAGGGUUUAGCAGCUCCGGUGAUCUCCUGUUUACAUUUGGGAAUAGCGACACAAAUGACGAUGAAAUUUACGAGGGACCAGACUCUGUUGCAUUAGACUACUGUGGUAAUCUGAUUGUCACGGACAAAAAAGCCAACAGAAUAGAUAUCCUAACUGUGAGGGGUCAACUCAAAAAAACCCUGUACACAAGUGAUACACCCAAGUUUGUAUCUGCUGGCCUGGACAAACAGAUCAUGGUUACCUCCCCUGAAGGACUGAUUCAGUUUUAUGAGUACAUGCAUCUCUGAAUACCAGAUAUGAUACACUAAACUUUCAACAAAUUAGAGUAAUGCAUUUAAUAAGAAGGAAAAACCAUGUUCUUGAUAAAACAUGGAAAAGUAUUGCAGUUAUAACAUGCCAACUUCAGGUUUCUUAAAACUGAAAGUUUUCCGCAAACAACAUUUUGAAACAUUUUGAGAAAACUAUGGGGUGUAGAGGAAUAAUAUGUACAAUUUUAUGAAGCUUUCAAGAAACUAAUCCUUCAGGAUCCAUUUUAUUGAAAAAAGUGCUUUAAAGGUUGAAAAUUUUAAGGAUUUACAGCAUGUUAAAAUGUCCACAGUAGACCAUUUUAGUUUCCUGUACAUAUGUAUCUGAAGGCUCAUCUUAAAAUUAAAGACCAGGAAAUAUGUUACCAACGUCCAGAUGUUAACAGAUGAAAUCUACAUACAAAAUUUGAAUCAUCCUCCAUAAAACACUCUAUCAAACUUGUGAAUCAACUGUGAUAUUAACUGUCUGUAUAAGGCCAGGAGAAAAUCUUAGGCCUGCUAUUUAUUUAGGCUUGUUUCAGAGCAUAAUUAUGCCAGAACUUCUACAAUUAGAUACUCUUGGCAAAGCCAUGAAGUUAAAAACCAAGUUUUACAAUCAAAUAUCUAUAUAAUGUAGAAUUCAUGUUCAAAGACUGGACAAAAUGAGGUGUUUUCAUGUGCACAGUUUGAUUCAUAUCUAAGAUGCUAAGAAAUCUUGGCUGAGACUUGACUAUCAUUGCAAGGUCAACUGCAAAGUAUUUACUUUUGUUUAGUUAAUUAUUUGAUUGGAGUUUUAUGCCAUACUCAAGAAUAUUUCACUAAUAUGACAAUGGCCAGCAUUAUGGUGAGAGGAAAUGAGGCUCGUGGGAGACCCACAGCCAUCGGCAGGUUGCCAGACAAGUCUUCUCAUGUGCGACCGCUUUAGUGACAGGCUCCUGGGUCAUUAUGCUGCACUAGCAUGCUAACAACUAGUUCCAUCAUUUACAUUUGCAAAA